AUACUGAUAUCGCGUGUCACACUACAUUUUCAUGAUAAUCGCUUAUCGGCCACGCAAGCAGCAGUCGGCAGAUCACAUGUUCAUCACCCUAUAAAAAGGGCAUGGCAUCAAUAAACGUUGUCUGUUCCACCCUGGCGUCCGGCUGAUACGCCACAGCUGGCGACGAGGAAGCGGCGGCGAUGGCCGUCGGCAGGAUCGGCGAGUAUCAUCUCGGCACAAACGCGUCAUGGGACGAAUACGUCGAGAGGCUAGAGAUGUUGUGCGAAGCUAACAAGAUAGCGAAAGAAGAACAGAAAAGAGCCGUCCUGCUGAGUUGUUGCGGCGAAGAAGCGUACGGGCUCAUCGUGACUCUGGUGAAGCCAGCAAGACCGACAACAGCAACCUACGAGGAAAUUAAGACGGCGGUUCGCAAGCACCUGCAUCCAAGGCCUUCAGAGCUAUACGCAAGGUUUUUGUUCUACAAGAGAAACCAGGCUGUCGAGGAAUCAGUUGCGGACUACGUCACGGCGCUUCGGAAGCUAGCCGAAGACUGCGGUGUUGGCGACGAGCAGCUCCCGUUGGACAUCAUGAUGCGAGAUCGUUUCGUAUGCGGCCUCCAGAACGAACCAGUUCAACAGCGACUUCUCGCAGAACACGACCUUACGUUCAACGUUGCGUACGACAUGGCCGCGACCGCAGAAGCGACAGCCAAGCAACAACGAGACAUACGGAUGCACGGCCGAGACGAGGCGAAGGACUGCCAGGGCAUGAUACAAGCAACCCGCACGAAGCAAGACGCCACGGCAGAGGGAUCUAGUUGCUACCGCUGCAACGGGACCUUCCUGGCUUCAACGGACCACCAAUUCACAUCGAACUGAAAGACGACGCUCAACCAGUGUUUCUCAAAAGUCUACCAGUUCCACUGGCCCUCAAGGACGACGUGGGCAAGGAAGUGGAUC